AAAGCCUUCUUUUUCUUCCUGCAACCCCUCCCUCUCCCCCCCUCCAUGGAACCUUCCACUGCCAUCUCUACUUAGCUGCAAUUUGCUUCAACCCUCCCCCCUCUCUCUCAUAUUCGAAUAUUCUCUCAGUAACUCUCUCUCUCACCCUCAGGAUUUUAAUUAUUUUGUGGAAGAAUGGAUGGGAAUAGGCGGAAAUAUUUUAAGAAACCGGGAAACAAUCUUUUUAAACGGAAAGGAGUGAGCAGUAGUAGGAAAGGAAAAUGGAGUGACUCUCACGGCGAAGAAUGUUCAGGUGAUGGUGAUACUGUUUAUAGGAUACUCUGUCCUUCGAGAAAAAUUGGGGGUGUUAUUGGAAAGGGUGGGAAUAUAGUGAAAGCUCUAAGAGAAGAGACGCAAUCGAAAAUUACAGUGGCUGAUUCUGUUCAGGGUUCGGAUGAGAGAGUGAUUAUUAUAUAUAGUUCUUCUGAUAAGCCUCCGAGGAAAAUGGAUGGCGAUGAAGGUCUGGCUGCGGGGAAUGGACAGCAGGAGGCCUUUGAGCCACAUUGUGCUGCCCAGGAUGCGCUUUUGAAAGUUCAUGACCGGAUUGUUGAGGAGGAUCUUUUUGGUGGGAUGGCGUCGGAUGAUGAUAACGACAACAAUGUUGUCACCGCGAGACUUCUUGUUCCAAACAACAUGGUAGGUUGUGUUUUGGGAAAACGGGGAGAUGUUAUUCAGAGAUUAAGAAGUGAGACUGGUGCGAACAUACGUGUUCUUCCUGCUGAUCAUCUCCCUUCAUGUGCUAUGGAUACUGAUGAAUUGGUCCAGAUCUCUGGAAAACCAGCUGUGGCAAAGAGGGCUCUUUAUGAAAUAUCCAUUCUAUUGCAUCAGAAUCCGCGCAAGGACAAACUGCCAAGUGUUCCUAUGCCUUAUGGUGGUCGAACUUUUCAUCCUCCUAGUGAUUCCAUGGCAAACAUGCUUCCACCAGGAAAUCCAAUGUGGCCUCAUCGUAACUCCACUCCCCACAGUAUGCCAUGGAUGGGGGAAUAUGGGAAUCACCCUUCAGAAUUUGGGCCAGGUGGUUUCAAUGGUGUUCCUCCUGGACAUGGCAGGGAGCCUUCAGCUGAGUUCUCAAUGAAAAUUUUGUGCUCUACUGGGAAGAUUGGUGGGGUAAUUGGGAAAGGAGGCUCUAAUGUUAAGAUUGUACAGCAGGAGACAGGAGCUAGUAUUCAUGUUGAGGAUGCUUCAGCUGAGUCAGAAGAACGUGCAAUUCGUGUCUCUGCUUUUGAGGGUCUCUGGAAUCCGAGAUCCCAAACCAUUGAUGCAAUUCUUCAGCUUCAGGAUAAAACAAGUGACUUUUCUGAAAAAGGUAUGAUAAUUACUAGACUUCUGGUUCCUUCAAGUAAGGUUGGCUGCAUCCUUGGACAAGGAGGUCAGGUUAUCAAUGAAAUGAGAAGGAGACUGCAGGCAGACAUUCGUGUUUACCCCAAAAAUGAUAAGCCUAAAUGUGCAUCUGAUGAUGAAGAGCUUGUACAGAUAUCUGGAAAUUAUGGUGUUGCUAAAGAUGCUUUGGCAGAGAUUGCAUCCAGACUCAGAGCAAGAACUUUGCGUGAUGCAAAUGCUGGAACAGAACCUGGGCCUGCUGGACCUGUCCCAGGCUUUGGGCCGGCACGAAACUUACCAGGAAGAGGACCCCAGCCAUCUGGUAUGAUGGCAGCUAGCAGCUCUGGUGGAUAUGAACCGCUCAGGGGUGGAAGACGUGAUUAUGAGCCUCAGAGCUAUUCAGUUCCUCCAGCUGCUACGGGAUACCCAAGUAUGAACCGUGUUUUGGAGGCUGAUAACUCUCGUAGUAUGAACCGUGUUUUGGAGGCCAAUAACUCACAUAAUGGAAUGAAUUCUGUUAUGAGAUCUGGAGGGCGUGAUGUUUCAAUUACUGAUGAGUUUGCUGGGAGAAGGGCAAAGCUUCAAGAUCCUCAUUAUGGUAGUUCUGAAGUUGAGAAUCAUGGAUCUUCCGAGCAUUUGAUUGCUGGACAAGGUUUUUAUCAAGGCUUCAUGGCCUCUGGUGGACAGAACAUGAGUGCCCACCAGGGUUCCUACCAAAACAAUGUAACAGCCCAGCAAAGCAUGAAUCCUCAGCGAGAUACCUACCAAGCCAUGAGUGCUCAGCAGGACCCUUACCAAAGCAUCAGUUCUCAGCAGAGCACCUACCAAAACAUGAAUGCUCAGCAAAACACCUAUCAAAACAUGAAUGCUCAGCCGAGCCCGCACCAAAAUAUGAGGGCACACCAAAGCCCCUACUCCAUGACCGCUCAGCAAGGUGUCUACACAAAUAUCAAUGCUCCACCAAGCUCCUACAACAACAGUGCUCAGCAAGGCACUUACCAGUAUUGAGUGCUGACUUUGAUUUGCCCAUUUUUGUACCAUAAAUUGUCAUCUAGUGUCUUAACUAUAAUAAUUACUAUCGGAGAGAAGGAAGGUUUCUUAACUAACCGGCAGAUCAACUUAUCAGCAGGAAAGGAUGCACAGCGGUUGUUUUAGCUGGGACAAUUAUCUUGGGGAUUUUUAGGGGAGCGGCGGUUCAAUUUUGGCUGGCCUGUGCCGAGUGCUUAACUUCUGAUUAGAGAAACAGACAGGAUUUUUAUUCUUUAACAUGGACAAUCAAAUAGUCUGUGAUCUGAUUAAAACCUGCUCAGGAAGAGAGAUCUGUGGGAAAUCCAUGAAACCCCUGCUUUGAUUC